AUGCGGGUGUUUGGGGCAAGAGCUUACAGGCACGUUCCGAAGCAGCGGCGUCGGAAAUUGGAUCCGGUGAGCGAGCGGUUUGUGUUCGUGGGGUACGAGCCGGACUCUAAGGCGUACCCGGUGCUCCGGGAAAGCGACGGAAGGAUCAUGAACUCCGGGGACGUCAUCUUUGACGAGGGCGAGGGGGACAACGGGGUUGUUGAGCUAAGCUCCAAUCCUGGAGGGUUUCCUGGAGGCGGCCGGCGAGCGCGACACCGCGCCCGCGACCGCGCCCGCACACGCGCCUGCGCCCAAUUUGCGGCCGUGUCGCACGCACGAUUGCCAAAACCGACCAAACUGUACACGUCCCAGCUGGUGGCGAAAGGCUACCUGCAGAAGCAGGGGGUUGACUUCGAGACGAGGUCUACGCCCGGGUGA